GAGAGUGCCUUGAUUCUGGAAAUCACUGUAGCUCCUGCGGAGGUUAAAAGUCAUUGGCGUCAGGGAAUCGCUCUGUGAGUCUCACAGACCCGCGCUCUGACACCUACGCUAUGUCCCUCGCAUUAUAUCCCGAACCGAAAGAGGUUAGACGAUUCAGGAAAUGGCUCCUUAAAAACGGUGCUCAGGUGCAUGAAGCCGUUCAUUUCCAAAAGAACUCUUCCGGGUUUUCCAUCGUUGCGCGCAAAGACGUGCCCGAGGACUCUACGAUCGUGUCGGUACCAUUCGGUCUCGCGAUUACACCUGCAUCAGCCCUCAAGGCUUUAUCAGAGAUUCUGCCAAAUGAGGCGCGAGCGUUGAUAAAUUCUCUACAGAAAUGGUCUGAAAGGCAACUUAUCUGCUCCUACAUUUGUGCCCACCGGUUUUUUGACGAGAAAAGCACCCCGACAUCUCUUAAACAUGGACCAUACAUCGAUAGCCUACCGCCACCGGAAAAGCUUCGAACAGCUCUACACUUUACGCCUGCCGAGUUAGAGCUCUUUCGCGGCACCAACCUCUACGGCGCCACCAAUGAUAGACGGAACGCCUGGCAAUUGGAGUGGCAACAGUGCCGUUCCGUCUUCUCUGCAGCGAAUCCCAAGUGGGGUCCGCUGCUCACUUGGGAAUGUUACCUGACAGCCGCGACAUACCUCUCUUCUCGAGCAUUCCCCUCCUCGUUGUUGACUGACCAACCUUCGCUAUAUCCCACCCCAGAUUCACAUCCAAUCCUCUUGCCAGGGAUUGACGCUCUAAACCAUGCCCGUGGACACCCGGUGUCUUGGGUUGUAACCGAUCCCUCAUCGUCGACUUCCAAUCCUGUGAUAUCCUUGGUUUUACAUAAGCCAACCGAGAAAAGCACUGAGCUCUUUAACAACUACGGCCUCAAGCCAAACGCCGAGCUAAUUCUCGGCUAUGGCUUCUCGCUGCUUCACAAUCCCGAUGAUACCAUUGUCCUGAAAAUUGGCGGUGCACAACAGUUGGAUAAGACAGGGAACGGAUGGGAGGUAGGUCGAAACGCCAGAGGUAUCGAGCCUGUGUGGCAAGCCGUCUUGAACGCUGUUUCUGCGGGCAAAGAGGAAGAUGAAGAUCAAGGUGUAAGCGUGGUGGAUGAAUUAUACGCCGCAGAUAUGCUUGGUGAGAUGGCUCAGGGUCUACAUAGUCGUUUACCUUCAGGCGAGACCCCUGCGGACCAAGAGAUCAGACCGGACGUGGCGACAAUGUUCGACAACUAUCUUGAAGGCCAGCGUGAUAUUCUGCAGUCAAUCAUUGAGUUUGCCCGUGACAAGGAGAAACGUGCGAUGGAGAUUGCUCAAGAGCAGGGUCUAGAGAUGGUCGAAGAAGGAGACGAGGAAGAAGCUGAGCCUGAAGCCUAAAUCAUAGUUGUUAAGGUUGCAUUUGAAGGUCAUCAAUUGUGUACAACAGAACGAAAUCAAGCAGAGUAUACCAUAUGAUAUGCAUUUAACUUCUUCGCAAUCGAGCGUUCAGCAGAACAUUUAAUACCGUCG